AAUCUAUCCGCAUUACUUACUGCAAGGCUACGUCGCUUACGUGCGUGUCGUUUUCCGUAAGGAUAAAUACGUCUAAAUCAGUGCAUUAUUGUUUCCUGAAACAUGAAAAUGUGUAGUCGCGCAGUGCGCGGGUCGAACCAGUCUAGGUGAAAGACCCGGGCAAGUCGGGACUCCAGCGUGUGACGAUCCGCGACGGCGAAACGUGGUGUCGAACUAGCACGGCGGCCGUCGGGCGUCUGUUAUCAAACAGGGCUCGGGCUCGGUCGGCAUGGCGGAGGCGGCGCCCGGCGCCGUCGGCGAGGAGCCGGCUGGCAUCGUGAAGGAGGGCUGGCUCCAGAAGCGCGGCGAGCAUAUCCGGAACUGGCGCGACCGCUACUUCGUGCUGUUUGACAAUGGGGACCUGGUGGGCUUCAAGGCGCAGCCGGAGCGGCGGCACUACCGCGACCCGCUGAACAAGUUCACGGUGCGCGACUGCCAGAUCAUGGCCACGGACAAGCCGCGGCCGUACACCUUCACGAUCCGUGGUCUCCAGUGGACCACGGUGAUCGAGCGCAACUUCUCUGUGGACACCGAGAAGGAACGCGAGGAGUGGGUGGCGGCGAUCCGCUUCGUGUCAUCCCAGCUGAGCGCUGGGGGCCCCACUGCGGGCUCAAGCUCCACACAGGACGCGGAGGACCGUGACAUCGCGCAGCUUGGCACCAGCUUCAAAGACCCUCGCCGUAUCACUUUGGAAAAGUUCGAGUUUUUGAAAGUGCUCGGCAAGGGGACAUUCGGCAAAGUAGUCCUGUCGCGCGAGAAGGGCACAGGCAAGCUGUACGCCAUGAAGAUCCUGAAGAAGCAUCUCAUCAUCCAGAAGGACGAGGUCACGCACACGCUCACAGAGAACCACGUGCUUAAGAAGACUAAGCAUCCUUUCCUCACGGCGCUCCGUUUCUCGUUCCAAACCGCCGACCGCGUGUUCUUCGUCAUGGAGUACGCCAACGGAGGCGAGCUUUUCUUCCAUCUGUCCCGCGAACGUUCCUUUACCGAAGACAGGGCGCGAUUCUACGGCGCUGAGAUCGUCAGCGCACUCGGAUACUUGCAUUCUGAGGGCAUUAUAUACCGCGAUCUGAAGUUGGAGAAUCUGCUGCUGGAUAAGGAUGGACAUGUCAAGAUUGCUGAUUUUGGACUCUGCAAGGUGAACAUCACCUACGGGCGCACGACGAAGACUUUCUGCGGCACGCCCGAGUACCUGGCGCCCGAGGUCCUCGAGGACGCGGACUACGGGCCCGCCGUGGACUGGUGGGGCACCGGAGUAGUUCUCUACGAGAUGGUCUGCGGCCGACUGCCCUUCUACAACCGCGACCACGAGGUGCUAUUCGCCCUCAUCGUAUCCGAAGAGGUCCGGUUCCCACGGGCCCUGUCCGCGGCCGCGCGGAGCCUGCUCGCCGGCCUGCUUACCAAGGAGCCAGCGUCGAGACUGGGCGGUGGACCCGAUGACAGCCAUGAGAUCAUGGCCCAUCCCUUCUUCGCGUCCGUCAACUGGGCGGACUUGCUCGCUAAGAAGAUUCCGCCGCCGUUUAAGCCACAGGUGGAAUCGGACACGGACACGCGCUACUUCGACUCUGAGUUCACGGGCGAGAGCGUGGAGCUGACGCCGCCCGAGCCCGACGGCGCGCUGGCGCGCAUCCAGGAGGAGCGCUUCCCGGAGUUCUCGUACCAGGACAUCUGCAGCUCGGCGCACUCGGCGCUGUCCUCGCUGCAGCCCCUGCAUCCCCUGCAGCCCCUGCAGCCCCUGCAGCCCCUGCAAGCCCUGCAGCCCCUGCAGCCCCGGCAGCGCAGCCCGCCGCAGCCGCCCGGCUGGGCAUAGACUUAUAUAUAUUGGAGGUUGCACGUCAAUGAACUUCGAGGUAGGAAAAUAUCACCUUUUAUUAUGGAACGCAUAUGUUUAUUUCUUUAGGGUGAUUCCCUUGCGAGUAGGUUAAGUGUUAGUAAUAUAGUUUGAUAGGCACUUUCAAAAGAAUCACCUCAAAGAAAGUGUCCGUGAAUGUAUACCUUGGGUUGAGUCAGUAUAGGUGAAUAAACUCGCUUCAAAAUUUUGUUGUACGUGCAACCUCCGGUGCAAUUAUAAGCUUCUUGCUGACAACGACACACUUGACCAUUUGUAGAUGUUAAGACCGCUGUGGAUACUCCUAGCGUGCUAAAAUGUUUUCUUUUCACUAUCUUGAGUCUUCUAUGACCUACGUGUUAACUGUCUUUACGAACAUUGUUUUUCAGUCUUUCAUUCAUUAAGGUAAAUUUAGCCAUAUGCUUAACGGCCUAUACUUAAAGAAUUCCAGUGAAACAUGAAUUUGCCGGUAUCAUUAACAUUUUUCUCAUAACUGACAAACCUUUCGUAGUGACUACACUACUAAAAAGUCUACAAAUGGUCAGUUUGUGCCUGAUUGUACAACCAGAAGGCAUAUCGCAUUGCCGUCAUAAACAAAACAAAGCAUCUGUCUUUCCUACUACUCUACUUUAUCUUUAGUUGUUACCUCGCCGAUCUGCAUUUAUUUUAUCCGUAUACUUUCAACGAUAAAAAUUUGUAUAAAAAUCAUACGUGAGAGUCAGAUGUUUUGUCUUGCUCUAUCAUGAACGCGAACGCCUCCAGCAAACUAAUCGCGAAAGAUGUAUUGUUGAGGGUAGUUCUAUUCUUGAAACUGGCAAAAAAAUAAUCAAAUAGCUCCUUAGUUCAAGCCUCGAACUCAAGAGCAUGAUAUCGGAUCAGGUAUGAGGAACUAAAUUCGACUUUAAAUUUAAAUUCCAAGAUCGUUUUUCGGCUGGCAAAUAUACUCCUUGGAAUUUAGAGGUUAAUUCUCAUCAUUGUAGCAGAUACCACUUAGACCUCUGACAAAGAAAUCAAAACAACGCCAUAUUACUCUCAGAGAGCUCACUGCUUUGAACUAUGAUCACUGGUUUCAAAUAUAGUCGUUAGUUUUCAAGCUGGCUGUUACGGCUAACUCAUUGGUAAGUUAAACCGCACGUGCUACUUACCUGCAUUAAAAAAGGUUCGGUCACUUUAACCGGUUAUUGAAUUACAACUCCUAUGGAAAUUGCAAUAAGACUGAAAAUGAACUAAUAGAAAAAUAUAUUGCGAGGCUGUGUGGUCCCCCUACGGUUACUGAGUGCCGGCGAGUCGAACGCUACAGAACCAGUGUAAUAUGUGUCAUCGAGAUGCGUAACGAAGGCGCGUUAUCGGAGAGCGCACUUACACUGGUUUUUUGGGAGUUGGACUAGCCCGCGCUCAGGUGCCAAUUAGAAUUAUACGCCAAAACCUUUUUUUUUUUCAGGUAGUAGCACGUGCGGUUUUACUUACAAUAGACAAAGAGUUAGCCGUUAAGUCCAGCUUGAAAACUAACAACUAUACGACUUAUUCUGCCCCUCAAACAGCGGUCUGCUUCGCGAUUAGGCCGCCAACCGACAAUCCGAUUGUCAAUGUAACUGCCUCGCAAUCUGAUUGUUCUUGCGCAUUUGUUGUUGAUUGAUUUUUAAGUGAGCGUUUUUUACUAUGUAAGAAACGAUAAAUUUGAGAAAGGACUCAUUUUUACAUGUAAAUUAUAGCGCGGGUAUGCAAUAUUUAACUCUAUCGCAGCGCCGUAAGGUCGCUAAUGUGUCACAGGGACCUUUUAAAAGGUUUGAAUGUACCGUACAUCAUCGCAUGUAUUAUCUUUGUGUUUUACAAACUAAAAACGGAGUAAUUCACUAACAAAUUAAUUAAAAAUUGGUGGAAUUACUAAAUGUAUUCCGUAGAUUCCAACUGUUUCAAAAGACGCGUGUGAGAUAUCGGACCCUUGUGUAAUUGGAUUAUGUAAAUUAGUAUAGUAUGAAAUGUAAUAACAUUUGGAAUCUACUGACUCGAAACUUUAUUUGCAGUUUAUAAUUAUAGUUUGUAUUGUACAAAGAAAUAAUACAGUUAGCAACAAACGUAGCUAAGUAGAAGAUCAAAUGUGUAGAUCAUCGUUUUAAUACCUAUUCUUGUUGCUAACUGUACCUUAAGUUGAUAAGCUCAAAUAAAAAGCAAUUAACGAUCAAUCGCAUUGCCAACACAUAAUUUUCUAAACGGGAGAACCUGCCUCCGACUAUAUCAAUCGCAAAACUUGGCUAUUGAAGUCAUAAUGUCUCUUUUACGCUUACCAAGGUCGAAAGAGAUAGAGUUAGUUCAAAAUAAGUCUGCAACGAUUUUGAUAGCACACGCGGUGCGCGUGGUGUUUUAAACGUCAAACUUCUAUGAAAUUAUGACGUACAAAUGACACUUGCACUGCGUGUGUUAUCAAAAUCGUUGCAGACUUGUCUUGGUUUAACUAGCAUUAUGAUUUCAGUAGCCAGCUGCGGUUUAAUCGUAUCGCGAAUAUUUUAAGUUUUCACUUCGUAUUACAAGUAAGGACGGGGUCGAUCGAGUUGAUUGAAUGUAUGUAAUCGAAUGGAAUUUGUAUUAACGGUCGACUAACGUUUCUAAGUGGCCCCUCGGCUGCUACAGACCGCUUAGCAUCACUUGCGUUGUCGCGCGCGACUCGAUAUAUCGGGAGCGUCUGCUAGUAUGGAGAUGGAGUCGCGCGCGACAACGCAAGUGAUGUCAAGUGGUCAGUUUGUAGUAACAGAGAUUGUUCGCUCCGACAAUAACGUCGCAAGUCAUUAACUUUAUAUACAGGAUGGAAUAAAGAAACUUGAUUUAAAAAUAAUAUAUUGAAUAUAGUCUAUAGAGUGGUUUUCUAUAAACUGAAAGUGUCUCACAGUGGUCAUGAAAAUUUUCGGAUAUAUACAGAAAAACGAAGUCAAACAUCUUAAGGUCAAUUAUUUUAAAAUCGACAAAGUCAUUAGGAUUUGAUAGAUAAUACCUAUAGGCAACUGUCAAAAAUAUAAUAACAAUGAUGGCCCAGUCACAAUGAUUAAAUCCUAUUACCUACUAACCAUAGAUGCAAUAAAUGAAUUAUGAUUAUGAAAUCUCAGUGCCUAUUGCAUUUAAACUUUUAUCUAAUCUUUAAUCGUAUUUAUUAUACCUGCUUGGUUUAUUCCAUCCUGUAUACCCAUGCAAAGCCUAACCACGGAACGCACGCUUGACGCUGACGCCGACUGCCAUACAUUGGUUAACCCUUAGACUUACUUGACUUAUGGUCCUAUAUCCCCUCCUAUAUAUACGGUCUUGAGCUUCGCGCUUCAUUUCGCUCCACGUCUUGCCAAUGGUCCCCGCCUCUGCGAUGAUCGUCCGCCGCCAGGAUUGCUUAGGGCGACCUUGUUUCCGCUUUCCUUGGGGAUUCCAGUCUAGGGCUUGCCUCGGGAUGUGAUCCGGGUCCCUUCGGAGCGUGUGGCCGAUCCAGUUCCACUUGCGGCGUUUGAUCUGCUGGUCGAUCGGAGUCUCACCGCAACGUUCCCACAGAUCUACGUUAGAUAUUCUCUCGGGCCAGUAUACACCGAGGAUACGGCGAAGACAGCGGUUGAUGAAGACUUGGAGCCGACGCGAGAUGUUGUUAGUGACCUUCCACGUCUCACAUCCGUACAGCAAUACGGUUCUCACGUUGGACCGGAAUAUCUUGAGCUUAACUCUCCUAGUCAGUUCCCGCGAUUGCCAUACCGGACGGAGCUGUGCGAAGGUUGCUUUCCCCUUGGCGAUUCUCGAAGCGAUGUCCUCUUCGGUCCCUCCUGUUUCCGACACUACACUACCGAGGUACGUAAACUUGUGGACCUUCUCCACCCCCUCUGUGCCGAUGAGCAACGGCAACGAGCUCGUCGCGCCGCACCUCAUUUCCUGGGUCUUCCGGAUGUUAAUCUUUAGUCCCACCUCCAAAGCGUCUCGCCGUAGGUCGUCCAGUUUGGCUUGCAUGUCGGCGCGCGUGUGGCUCAAUAAUGUUAACCCUUUAAUGGAAAGAAAUUAUGCAAAAUUGAACCCUAUCUUUUUGAAAUAAAGUUCAAAAUAAUUGUGGGAAAUAUAUCCCCUCUGCCUUAUAAAAAUGUAUGACGAUCAAAGUCAGCGUCGAGCGUGCGUUUCGUAGUCGAGGCGUAAAGCGACGAACGGUGGCGAGAACGAGCGGCCUUAGAUAAGGAAGAAGCACAAUAUUUUCACUAUGAAAUAAUGUAUGUUUUAAAACGUCUUUCAAACCGCCGCGGCCUGCGGUGGCGGCCCGUUCAUUUAAUGCUCACUAAUCACUAUACAAAAUGUCUCUGACUAUCGAUUUGACUCAAAAAACUAAUGUUUUGAUCUAGUUACGGUCACGAAAAUUUCUACAAAUAAGUUUUUUAAUUGUGGAAGUCGUGAAGUCUAAGAAAUAUCGAGCCCGAGUUUGAUACCUGAAGUUGAUUUGAUAGCGAUGUAUGCAUGUGGUGGUGUUUAAAUCAGAUACACGAAUUUUUCUUAGACAAUUUUUUUUGUACAACUCGUGCUUAUUAAUCCUCUAUAGAAUUGCGGUUUUCACAUCAUAGCACUUUCUCGCUUAUACACCGGAAGUGAAGACUGCUUUAUUCUUUUCUACAAAAGUACCACUACCGCGAGCCGCAGCGGUCUGAGAGACCGUGGCCUGUAUGCCGAGGCCGCACUAGGCUAAGUGCAGUUUGUGUUAUGUAUACUUUACCGCGUACCAUGUGGCGCCCGCAUGUUUAUAUGGACAUUAUGUACUGGGGACUCCUUGCUAAUGUAUUUCCUUUUGUAUAUAUUAAAGUUAGGAUUAAACUGCA